AUACAACAGAAGAAUGGAGCGCCAUUCUCCUGUCGUAUGGCAACCCAAACAGUUCAACUCCUUUUUUUUAUUUUAGAAAUGUGUUUUUUAUGAUGUGUUGCAGUUGCAGUGAAGUGAAGCCUUCUAUGAUUUAAUAGUAAAACGUUGAUUUAGCAUCACAAUUUUAAAAGUUCCACAAAACUGAAUGUAAUAUUUGAAUAAAAAUAAAAUACAACGGUAAACUUGGGUAAACUUGAUACUUCAUGGAUAGGGAUGCAUCUUAUUUUAUUUGUUGCGGAAAGGGCAUGCAGAUGUUAACAGCAGUUGGCCUGACAGUGUCCACGACAGUUUUUAUUGCAAUAUACGGUUGCUCUUUCAAAACAGAUAUGCGUGUAGUGAUAGCAAUUUACCUGCUCAUCUUAAACAUUUUAACAGCGUUGGUAUUUUGGUUUGAUAAAUAUUGCGCCAAAAAUAAUCGAUGGAGAGUUGCCGAAAAUGUUUUGCUUUGGCUAACAUUUUAUGGCAGUCCUAUUGGUGCAUUGUUGGGAAUGUACUGUGUUUGUUGUUUGCACAAAACAAAUAAAAAGACAUUUUCUUCCCUUGCUAUCAUUUUAAUGAUGCUUAAUUUAUUUUGGGUAGCAAUUUACUUCAUAACACAUAAGCCCAUGUCACUUCAAUGCGCAUAAGUUCGUGUCAAAAUGUUUCACUGCACAUGUCCAAAUUGUACAUAAACCUUCACAUAAAAUUGCACAUAAAUCUUCACUGUACUUAAGUCCAUGUCAAAAUAAUACUAGUACUAGUUUUUUUUUUAAUUGUGAUGAAUUAAAUCUAGGCGGUGUCUU